GUCAUGUGCUCGGUCGGAGGGGAAAUCACUAUUGCCAGGCUGCCAGCUUUCUGAGAAUGAAUGAAUGGCAAGCCAUAGAAGAACACUCGACAGACGAUCGUCGUCGAGAUGCUUGCUUUCUUGCGUCUUUUUCUUCUUGUGUUCCUCUCUCCACGUAAAUUAUUGCUAUCCUGGAGAUAUUCUUAAGCAUGGCGAGUCUAUUUCUGGGAGUGGAACUCUUGUCUCCGCUGGAGGAACGUCUGAACUCAGAUUCUUUACCACUAGAAGCAACACCUCUAUCCCCAAAAUAUUCGUCGGAAUAUGCUAUAAAUGGGACCGAGAUACAGUUGUAUGGGUUGCCAACCGAGACAACCCAUUGCUGGAGGACGUUACUGGUGUUUUCCGAAUUGCAGAAGAUGGAAACCUGAAGGUAUUGGAUAGCACUACUGGGAAACCGUAUUGGUCUACAGCUCUUGAGAUAGCCAUCUCUACAAACCGAUCUGUGAAGCUCCUGGAUUCUGGAAACUUAGUGUUAAGCGAUGAUCACAUGCCGACGAGUUUGUGGGAGAGCUGCAAAAAUCCAACCGAUACUUUUCUUUCAGGUAUGAAGAUGGAUGAAAACCUCAUAUUAACUUCAUGGCAAGCCGAUGAUGACCCUCAAAGAGGGCCAUAUACGUUUAAGCUAGAUCAAGAUCAACAAGGAGAGGACCACUAUGUUGUGUCAAAAAAAUCUCUCCCUCACGGGAAAAACCAGAUGCCAGGUACUUUCUCGAGCUCAAAUGUAAUGCCUUAUGCCAUAGACUUCUUGUUAUGCAAUUUCAGCAAGAGCGUCAGACCUGACAAUAAAUCCGGCCUCCUGAAAUACACAACAAUACACCUGCCGACUAAUCGAAGUUCAAAUUUCACAAGGUUGGUAAUGAAUAACAAUGGGCAGUUGCAGUACCUGGCCUGGAAUGAGACGAAACGCAUUUGGUCUCUGACAUGGUCGAAGCCGGAAGACGAAUGUGGCAUUUAUAACUAUUGUGGGAAAUUUGGUAGCUGCAAUAUUAACAAUUGGCCAUUUCUAUGCAAAUGUUUGCCGGGGUUCAAGCCUAUCGACCCUGUUAAUUAUUGGGUUUACGGAGAUUUUUCUGGUGGGUGCGCCAGAAAUUUGACAUCGACAUCAAAUAAGAUCGAUGCGUUCUUGAGAUUAAAGAUGAUGAAAGUGAGCAACGCAGGCUCAAAUUUCAAAGUAACAAAUAAAACGGAAUGUGAAGAGGAGUAUUGCCUUAAAAAUAGCCAGUGCGUCGCUUAUUCAUAUCAGGAAGCUGGAAAGAGCACGCAAAGAGGUGAUACUACCGUUAGUGACAACAUCUGCUGGAUUUGGAGUGAGUAUAUACAUAAUCUUCAAGAGGAAUAUCAGCACCCGGGCCGUAACCUCUCUGUUCGCGUAGCAAAAGCUGACAUAGAAUCAACUUCAAGGACUUGUGAGCCUUGUGGCACAUAUGCGAUCCCCUAUCCCUUGAGCACAGGUGAAGAUUGUGGUGAUCCCAUGUACUUCAUUUUCGACUGCAAUACCUCGUCAGGCCAGGUUAGUUUCAAGGCACCUGAUGGCGCCCAUCGUGUUAUUGGCAUCGAUCCAAGUACACGAAACUUUGUCAUCCAAGUCAUUCAAGAAUAUCCUUACGCUAGAAAUUCAAGAAUAAUUCCGUGGCUCAAUGAGUCAUUGCCACUUAAUUCGACCGAUAAGUUGAUUACUGAGGUAGGCAACUCCACUUAUCAAUUUGAAGGCAGAUCGGAGGGUUCUAGAUCACAAAGGAAAAAUAAAGUCGGCAUACAGAUUAGUUGGGACCCACCAAUGGAGCCAACCUGUACUUCAUCCACGGACUGCAAGGAUUGGCCAAAUUCAACUUGCAAUGCAACAAGAGAAGGAAAGCUGAGGUGCCUUUGCCAUCCAAACUUCCAAUGGGAUGGCAAAAAUUUGAAUUGUACUAAAGAACGUGAUUUUCCUAAGUCUUUAGAGGAGCCUUCAACGAGAAAGAUUCCAUUGCCCCUCAUUGUGGUGUUAACUCUUGCAUGUGUUGUGACUGCUCUCGCUUGCAUCAUUAUUUUUAUGUAUAUAAGAAAGAUGGCCAAGAGGCAAGAAGUGAUAAGAGAGAAAAGAAAAGAAGCACUUCACGCAUUGGACAGUGAAAGACAUGUCAAAGACUUGAUAGACUCAGUUGGGUCCAUAGAAGAAGAUGAGCAAGGCAUAGAAGUACCCUUUUUUGAUUUGGAAUGCAUACUAGCUGCUACAAAUAACUUCUCAGAUGCAAACAGGCUCGGGCAGGGGGGCUACGGGCCUGUUUACCUGGGUACAUUUCCAGGAGGUAAAGAAAUUGCUGUAAAGAGGCUCUCAACUGUAUCACGACAAGGCUUACAGGAAUUUAAAAAUGAGGUGGUGCUGAUUUCAAAACUUCAACAUAGGAAUCUUGUUAGACUUCGAGGAUAUUGCAUAAAUGUAGAUGAAAAGAUUUUACUUUAUGAGUACAUGCCAAACAAAAGCUUAGACUCAUUUAUCUUUGAUAAAAAUUUGAGCAUCCUUUUGGACUGGAAGAUUCGCUUCAACAUUAUCUUGGGAAUAACUAGAGGACUUCUUUAUCUUCACCAAGACUCUAGAUUGAGGAUCAUCCAUAGAGAUCUGAAAGCCAGCAACAUUCUACUUGAUGAGGAGAUGAACCCCAAAAUAUCUGACUUUGGUUUGGCAAGGAUUGUUGGAGGAAAAGAAAUUGGGGAUAACACAACCCAAAUAGCCGGAACUUUGGGCUAUAUGUCUCCGGAGUAUGCAUUAAAUGGAAUUUUCUUAGUCAAAUCCGAUGUUUAUAGUUUUGGCAUAGUUCUCCUUGAGAUAAUAUGUGGAAAAAAGAAUACAGGAUUUUAUCAAUCAGAAGAAGCCAUGAGCCUUGUAGAUUAUGCAUGGAGAUCGUGGGAAGAAAACAGGGUGUUGGACUCAAUGGACCAAUCCUUGCGGGAGAGUUGCGAUGUUGAUCAGUUCUUGAAAUGCAUUAAUAUUGCAUUCUUAUGCGUACAAGAAGACCCAAGUGACCGCCCCAACAUGUCAAAUAUCAGUACCAUGCUUGAUGGUGAGACUGUGACAAUUCCAACUCCUAGACAACCAGCUUUCAUUCUUAGAAAAGGCCUGUCUAGCACAGCAAGUUCUUCUAGUCAAGCAUACACACGAAGCGAAUGGACUUCUACUUUGGGAGAAACAUUAAUAUGAAUGAUUGUGUCAUAUGAAGUAGCACUAUGAAGUUUGCUGAGGUCAGUCAGCUUUAUGAUGUGCCUAUUGUCCUAAAUCUAGUUUUAGCUGUAAUUGCUAUGGAAAUUUAGAAAUGGAGCAGCUUUAUUUUCGUAUCA